AUGGCUGGAGGAGCGAGCUCUUUAGACGGUAAACUGGUGGUUGCCGCCAUAGAUUUUGGAACUGCGUACAGCGGAUAUGCUUUCUCUUUUCGAAAUAACUUUCGGCUAAAUCCUCUGGAUAUAGAUGUUAAUCAGUGGUCAGGUGAGGAUGCCCUGACAAUGUCGUCCAAGGCCCCGUCAUCGGUUCUACUGAGUCCAGAUAAAGCCUUUCAUUCCUUUGGUUAUGAAGCUGAGGAGGAGUACUCCAGUCUGGUAGAGAAUGAACAACACCAGGACUGGUAUUUCUUCAGGAAUAUCAAAAUGAGGCUACUAUACAAAGAAAAACUAUCUCGAUCAGACACAAUCUGUGAUGAAUGUGACAAACCAAUGCCAGGAAUUACCAUACUUAGUAUGAUAAUCCGCCAUCUUAAAGCAGUUCUCUUCAAGUCACUAGAAAAGAGGGGGUUUCCUCCUCGUGAGGAAGACAUUCUAUGGGUGCUGACAGUUCCUGCCAUCUGGUCAGAUGCUGCUAAGCAGUUCACAAAGGAGGCUGCAGAGGAGGCAGGCAUACAGACAAGAGAUUUGAUGUUUGUGUAUGAACCAGAAGCGGCUGCUCUUUAUUGUUGGCAACAGAAGUUGCAACAGAAGUUGACUAAUAUAAAUGCUAAAGAAGAUAUGACUGAGAAUAAAGAAAGGGCAACGUUUUCAAUAGGGCAAAAAAUAUUGGUGUUUGAUAUGGGAGGAGGAACAACAGAUAUCAGUGUCAUUCAGAUAAAGAGUGAAAAAGAAAUCCACAUUGUCGAGGAAGCCACUGGAGGGCCAUUUGGUGGAACAUCUAUCAAUGAAAAGUUUUGUCAAUGGCUAGAUGAUGUUUUUGGAAAAGAUAACAUGCAAAAAUUUAAACAUGAAAAUAUGUCAGAUCACAUGCAAUUCAUACGAGAGUUUGAGCAAAAAAAGCGAAAAUCAGAAAAACCAUUAUGUUUACAGAUUCCGCUGUCUCUAAAACUCAUUGCAGAAAAGUCUUGGGAAUGUAAGUUAGAAGAUCGUUUUGAAAAAAGUGAUGUUGCUUUUCCCGGUAUAAAGGUUAAAGCGCGAGGUAAACUUUUCUUGCCUUCUUCAUUUUUGUCCGGAAAUCUCAUCUUGCCUUUAGCUAAAAACGUAUUUGCAGAAAUGGAACGGAUUUUUAAAAAGCACAGUGAUAUAACCAGUGUGAUAGCUGUUGGAGGAUUAGCCCAAUCUGUUGUGAUGACAUCAGAGCUCCGAAAGUAUGCAAAAACAAUACCUGUUUAUGUUCCUUUCGAUUCGUCUGUUGCUGUUCUUAAAGGAGCUGUGCUUUAUGGACAUGAAAACAAUGUGAUCAAAGCACGUGUGUGUAAAUGUUCUUACGGAAUCCAAACCAUGAGGCCCUUUGAGGAAAAAGAAGAUGAUCCCAGGAAAAAAGUAAAUCAAGAGGGCGAAACAUGGUGUAAAGAAUGUUUUCGAGUGCUUUAUCGAAAAGGCUCUAUGAUAAAACUGGGUGACGUUUCUUCAUAUGAAUUGGAAGAAUCUUUUCAUGAUGAAAACAGGAAAGAGAAACGAUUUAAGCCAAUCCGUUGCGUCCUUUUUCGAUCAGACUCGGAAACAGUUCAGAGAUAUGUCACUGAAAAGGGAUGCUAUGAACAUGGAACAAUAGAAAUUGAUGCUCCUGAAGAUGGUUUUCCUCUUUCAUAUGAGUGCACUGUUGAACUAGAGUUUGCUGGGACAGAAAUAAUUGCUCGCCUGAAAGAUAAAGAAAGAACGAAGACGCUUCGACUUGAUUUUAUAAACUAA